AAAUCUAUGAAUUGAAAACUGUACAAAAACAAGGAAAACUUAUGUGGUAUACUAUUACAAGAGAAAAGGCGUACGUAAUAUCACGAUUCUCGAAUUAAUCUGUGGUUAAAGCUUAUAUAAACUCUUAAUAAUGUACAAAAUGUUUUUUGCGCGAUGUCGCCCGUUUCAUAUUAGGAAGAUGUGUUCAUCUUCACCGACAGGACCCAGUUCAACAGGUCCAUCAUCAUCAUCUAUGUCUCAUAGAUUUCGACCGACAGAAUUUCAGAAAACGAUUCUUGUGUGGACAAAAAAAUACAAGAACAAAUCUGAAGUCCCUCCAUUUGUAUCAGCUGAAAUUAUUGAAAGAUCUAAGAGUGAAGCUAGAAUCAAAAUUUCAAAUGUGCUUAUGCUUCUUACUGCUUUGGCAAGUUUUGGAGCAAUAUUGUCUGGGAAAGCUGCUGCUAAAAGAGGGGAAUCUGUUCAUCAGAUGAAUCUUGACUGGCAUAAAAAAUAUCAAGAAGAACAUAAAGAAAAAAGUAGUGCAAAGUAAAUUAAUAAAGAAUUUAAUACUAAAAUUCUUUAGAUAAAAAUUAUUUAAUUUGCUUUUCAAUCUAAUUUCUAAAAUAAGGUUUAGUAAAAUUAUGAAAAUAUAAUUGGAAAUAAAUCUUACUAUAGUAUCA